AUGCCCCCACUCAUCCGCCGCCGCCCGCUCUCGGAGCGCAUCAAAGCCUACCUAGACCCGUAUGACUGGCUGUUGUGGCUGUCGGAGGAACUCAACAGCAACGAUCUGGACGAAGCACUCAAGGAAUGGGCAUGGCCCUUGGGCAUUGCUGUCAAUUUGAUCUUCAUGAUCACCAGAGCAAACAGUGGCGCGGUAACCUCGCGAGACAGUGAGGACGUAUUCGGAGACUAUUCUGCUGGCGCUGGGACUGGUUGGCUCCGCUGGCUGUGCUCCUUUGUCGUACACCUGCUGUCGCUCCUCUCUCUCGUAAACGCCUUCUUCACUUUCCAACGCAAGCGCCACUACCGACUCUUCGAAAAUCCCGUCGAGACAACCCCGACCACACCUUCUGCCCGCCGGGUUCGCGUCGACUCGUCACCUCUCGCUUCAUCGCCGCUCCGCUUUCUCUCGAACAUUGUGGCGUCAUCAAGCGCCCAGGCGCGCGCACACCCAGAUGCGAAUCGCGACGUGUGGGAAAUAUCGGUGUGGGACCCCACGCCGACAUGUCUACGGCUUUUCUGCUUGUUCAGCCCCGGUCAUGUUUUGGUGUACUGGCUCUUCCUUCCGCUAGGCCCGUUGGAUCCACGGCCCAGUGUGACGGUGGCCAUCACCAUGGUCCUCGGAGUUCUAAUGACGACGCAACUUCAUCUUCUCCAAACAUCCUUCUCACAGCAGACCAAGGAUGCCGCGCUGAUCCACCGUGAGGUCCUUCACGAGUACGACACCAAGUUCGUGCACCCCAACCUAAAUAAGCCGGUUCGCAACGUGGGUACCCAGACGCCAAACCACGAGUCCAAAGCCAGAGCCUCUAGGGAAGUCGACACCUACACGCCGACUACUGUGAUUAACAGAGGAUUCCGCACCAACCCAAAUCCUGCAUACGCGGGGCAGUACGACCCGGACAACGCUCUCCAAUCCGAACAACGCGCCCCACGAUCUACCAUGCCAAACCCGUUUGUCACUCCGCGACUGGCGAGCGCGCAGACACCGGCUGGAUCGGCCGGUGGCUCUUCAGUAGGACGAAGAACAACCUCCAUGAGGCAGCCAGUCUUCCGCUCCACAGCGGACGCCAGCACCGGCGAUGGCGGUAGCCUGGGCGUGUACUCUCACGCUGCAUCACCCCUUCGGAAGCCGCAGUCCGCAAAUUUCAUGAGACCUGACGAGUCGAAUCAGCGGAUCGCCUCUCCAGAGAGGAGGAGAGGCAGCCCACUGAAGCGCAUGAUGAGCACGCCUGGAGAUAUGGGCAAGGUGCCGGAACUGGAGAGACCGGGUUCAGAAAGGCACCGAAGGCCUUACUACUCUGGGCACGAUUCACGGCGGGAACCAGGACGAUAUUAG